AUUCCAUCUCACAGCUCUUUAAAUACUGUCUUUCGCCUCAAUAUUUUUCUCCCAAGACUUUCAGAUUCUUCUUCCAAAACACACAUAAAUCCUUGUGAAGUUUUUUGAAAAAAACGAAAGAGGAAGAAAAUCAAUAAUGUCAAAAUCAGGAACAUUUGAUCUCGCAUCUGGUGUUGGCGGAAAGAUUGACAAAAGAGAAGUGCUUUCAGCUGUUGAUAAAUACGAGAAGUAUCAUGUUAGAUACGGAGGAGAAGAGGCAGACAGAACACAUAACUACGCUGACUUGGCAAACAAAUACUAUGAUCUAGCGACCAGCUUCUACGAAUAUGGCUGGGGAGAAUCCUUCCAUUUCGCAAACAGAUGGAAAGGAGAGUCCCAUAGGGAGAGCAUGAAGCGCUAUGAACACUUUCUAGCUUUAAAUCUUGGCUUGAAACGUGGACAAAAGGUGUUGGAUGUAGGAUGUGGUAUUGGUGGACCGCUUAGAGAAGUGGCUAGAUUUAGUGGCACUUGUGUUACAGGGUUGAACAACAAUGAAUACCAGAUAACAAGAGGCGAGACACUUAAUAGAUUUGCUGGAGUUGACAGUACCUGUAAUUUCGUGAAGGCUGACUUCAUGAAAAUGCCUUUUGCUGAUAACACCUAUGAUGCAGUGUAUGCAGUAGAAGCGACCUGCCAUGCCCCAGAGGCUCUAGGUUGUUACAAAGAGAUCUACAGGGUGUUAAAGCCAGGACAGCAUUUUGCUGCAUACGAGUGGUGCAUGACUGAUUGUUUUGACGCCAGUAACCAAGAGCACCAGAAAAUCAAGGCCUCAAUUGAGCUCGGGGAUGGCCUCUCGGACAUAAGGAACACAAAACAAUGUCUCGAGGCUCUGAAACUUGCAGGGUUUGAAGUUAUAUGGGAUAAAGAUCUUGCUAAUGCGGAGGAUUCACCAGUCCCUUGGUAUUUGCCUUUGGACAAAAGUCACUUCUCGUUGACUAGCUUCCGUCUUACAUCUACGGGACGUUUUUGCACUAGAAAUAUGGUGAGAGUCUUGGAGUACGUGGGUCUUGCUCCAGAAGGAAGCCUAAGAGUUCAAAUGUUCCUCGAGGAAGCUGCUGAAGGCCUUGUAGCUGGCGGAAAGAAAGAGAUUUUCACACCAAUGUACUUUUUCUUGGUACGCAAACCACUUUAAGCUUCAGGAACUCAAGACUCAACUACAUCUUGAGCUCCAUAAGCUUGUGUUCAUUUGGAGCUUGUGUUUGGAUAUUUUUUAUUUUUUCUUUGAGAGUGUGCUGCAUUGCUCCCUGGUCGGCUUGUUGUUUUUUACAUUUUUGUUUUUUCCAUCUUUUCUAGUUACUUUGGUGUCACUCUCGGUGACAUUUUCUUUAAUUAAAUUUGCCUUUUUCGCGUAAAAAAAAUGAUCAGGAAACCGAUUCUGCAAGUUUUGCCCUAUCUGUGGUUCCACCAUAGGGCUCUAUAGCAGCAAAUAACUUACAGUGUGUAAGAUGGAAUUGACCAGGACUGGAGUAUCUGGUAAACUAUAUACCGUUACCAUUCUCCAUCAUUUGGUUGAUUGUUAUUUUCAUUGGAUUAGAGUUGGUAUCUGCUCUUUCAUUAAAUGGGUUUCUGUU